AUGCCAUCUGGCCAAAGCUUCAGUCCGAUGCCAAUGCACAUAUUGUUUCAUGAUGGAGGCUUCCCACAGAUGCCAAGAGGUCAUCAAGCUAAUCUAAUCUAUGGGCAUCCGGCUAUGAGCCCCUUCAUUAACAACCCGGUUGCUUAUACACCGUGGCCAAACUUUGCCCCUAUGAACUAUGUGCAGUCGUUGAACCGUCCAGACUUCAGGUUGCUCAUAACGACUGUUGUUGUUUUUUUCCAUUUGAUAUAUCUCUCUCAUAAGUCAUAA